GCUUCAACAGAUUAUAUUACCAAGUUUCACUCUGAUCAGAUGGCAUGUCCUUUCGGAAGAAGAAUAUUCACAUCCAAACGGGGUAGCCAAUGCUGGAUCAUCAGGAGAGUUGCCACUGUAGUUAACACACUCUCCUGCCUGUGGAUCGCCUGGAGUCUGACGGCUCGCACCACAUACAUACGCAUUAGGCACCUCAAUUAUCAUGUGAUUUUUGCCCGUGGCCUGCUCCAUGUUGCAUGUGGCUAUUGCUCUUUAGCUUGCCGCAAGCACACCGAACUUUCCCUCCCAAAAAUGUGUACUGCAAGCGAAAGAAAAAAGACGCCAGGAAAAAGGAAAAACGAGAAGAAGAAAUCGGAGAACAGCAUCGUGAAAAAUCAUAACUUACCCCAGGCUCAUGCAUAUGCCCCAUGCACCGCAUGUGUGGGUGUGGGUGUUUGGGUGUCCAUAUUUGGCAGUAGUUCAGCAGUCAGUUACUGCUACUGCAACUGCUCCGGCUCUGCUCCUGCUCCUGCUCCAGCUCCAGCCAGUGCUGCCACAGCAAACCUCAGGGCCACACAAUGCCAGCGAUCCCUGGCUGGAUGUUCGCGUGUGUGUGUGUGUGUUAGCAUUCAUGGCUACGAAUGGUUGUGUGUGUGUGCCACUUUGUAUACCCUUUGCAUGCAAAGGAGUCAUAUCCACUAUAUGUAUCGAAGAUCCAGCCACUAGAGCGCUAAGGAUUAAUGCAUAUUAAUUACAUUCCGUGAGAAUCAGCUGUAGCUAAACUAUGCAGCUUUCCUGGAGACCCCAUUCGAGGAAUGGAAGCAAUGUCACAACCCGUUUGCGGCAAAGACUGUUGAG